AUGUGCACUGGCGAUGUGGUUGUGGACUAUGCUGAAGGUCAGAAGCAAGAUAGAAUCGUUAGUAAUAUUUCAAUUUUGCUAGAAUUAGCGGCUGCGGAUGAUUUAGAUGGAUUUAGGUCAGCGGUUGAACAAGAUUGUUUCGAUGUCAACGAUUCUGGUUUAUGGUAUGGUAGAUCGAUAGGUUCGAAGAAGAUGAGGCUAGAGGAAAGAACACCGCUUAUGAUUGCCUCCAUGUUUGGUAGCAAACAGGUUCUGAAGUUCAUUCUUGGAUUAAAUCGUGUUGAUGUUAACAAAGCUUGUGGCUCCGAUAGGGCAACUGCUUUACACAUGGCUGUUGCUGGUGGAUCCAAGUCAUCCGUUGAAGUGGUCAAGCUUUUGAUCAACGCUUCUGCUGAUAUCAGUUGUCUCGAUGUUCACGGGAAUCUACCUGUUGACUUAAUCCCUCUGGUCUUCGGUUCUUCUUUCAGUUCAAAAAAGAAAUUCUUGGAGCUUCUGUUAAACGGUGAAGAACUUACAGACGAUGAUCAUAUCGAAGAACACAAGUUUUCCCCUAUUUUGAUUUCAUCAAAAGAAUCCCCCGAGAAGAAAGAGUAUCCAAUCGACCUCUCUCUUCCUGACAUGAAAAACGGGAUAUACAACACAGACGAGUUCCGAAUGUAUACUUUCAAAAUCAAACCAUGUUCAAGAGCUUACUCCCACGAUUGGACAGAAUGCCCUUUUGUUCAUCCAGGUGAGAACGCUAGAAGACGGGAUCCACGUAAGUAUCACUACAGUUGUGUCCCAUGUCCAGAGUUUCGUAAAGGAUCUUGCAGACAAGGAGAUGCUUGUGAAUACGCUCAUGGAAUCUUCGAAUGUUGGCUUCAUCCUGCUCAAUAUAGAACCCGUUUGUGUAAAGAUGAAAUAGGAUGCAACAGAAAGGUAUGUUUUUUUGCUCAUAAACCAGAAGAGCUACGCCCAUUACACCCUUCAACAGGUUCUGCUGUACUUUCUCCUAGAUCUUUAUCUUUCUCUUCUGAUAUUUCAUCAAUAAGUCCUUUCUCUCUUUCUUCCCCAUCAAUCAUGAUACCUCCUACCUCAAACUCCCCGGUUUCUUCCCCGUUAUGGUCAAACCAGUCGUCCCCUACCAUGAAGGGUGUCAGUAGCAGGUUUAGUAGGGCUACAAGUAGUCGUGAUUUGGACCUUGAAUCUGAGUUAAUUAGGGCGGAUAUUUAUCGUCAGCAACAACUGAUCGAUAGCUUUAGCAACCCUAGUUUUGGUAGCGAUUAUUUUGAAGAAAUUGAAGCGAGAAUUAAUCCAUUACACCAGAACAUGAACUAUUCUUCUGGGCUUCCAUCAUCACCACUGCGAAUGUCCUCUCAGAUUAUGAAUUCAAGAUCGGCUGCGUUUGCAAAGAGGAGUCAAAGUUUUAUUGACCGUGGAACAGCCAACCGCCAGUUGGGGGUUCCGACAAUGGCGGCUUCGAAGCUUUCAGAUUGGGGGUCUCCUGAUGGGAAGUUGAAUUGGGGUAUUCAGAAAGAUGAGCUUAAUAAGUUAAGAAAAUCUGCUUCUUUUGGGGUACUUGGAAGUGGCACAAGCUACGAGAAUAAUGUUACAUCGGAAGAAGAUCAAUAUUUUUCGCCAUGGGUGGAAGAUCAGCUGGUUGCUUGA